CGUGACGUUCCAUAUCUCGCAUAGGUAGACAAAUCUAAUCAUAGACAUAUCUUGAACAACAUUUGCAUAGCCAAUGUGUGUAGUUCCACACAACUCUAAUUUACCUCACGCUCAGGCAUAACUAGAGGUGAAUGUUAACCUUCCAGUCAACCAACAUCAGUCUCUUCAUUCACGUAUUAUUGUCAAGCGUCCAGAUCAACUGUUCCACCCUGGAGACAUAUAUACUGCCAUGGCUGUUAUCACCCACCUCAAGGCCUGCUGGAGAACUCUGGUUGUUGUGGCAACACCAUUACUGCUGUCUCCGCUCGUCGUCCCGGGGACGUCUUCGGUAUCCAAGUGUGGCUUUGGUCUAGUAAUGAUGGCGGUGUUCUGGUUGACGGAGGCACUUCCUCUACCAGUAACGGCCCUUCUUCCGGUUUUACUGUUCCCGUUGAUGGGAAUAGUUCCAUCAAAAGAAGUGUCACGGUUUUACUUGAUGGAUAUAAACUUCCUGCUGAUGGGGGGCUUGUGUGUUGCGAUGGCCAUUGAGGAAUGCAACCUACACAAACGCUUCGCCUUGAGAUUGUUGCUGUUCCUCGGAGUACAGCCACGACGACUGAUGCUAGGCUUUAUGCUGGCGACUGGCGUACUGUCCAUGUGGAUCAGCAACACGGCGUCCACGGCCAUGAUGUUGCCUGUUGCUCGCGCUCUGUUUGCGAGACUUGUUGUCCUGAAGAGGAGGAGGAAUGCGGGGAAGCAGUCUCGUGUAGCAAUAAUGGUUGACAGCACUGAACAUACUGAGCUGAUGGUGAAAGAGCCACCAGAGAACACGGCCAACAUGGAGGAAGACCCAAGUCGACAGCCUGCUGUGACGGAGGACGUUGUGGACUUCAAUCACCUGGACCCCGAGUCGCUGGGCCUGCUGAAAGCCCUGUGUCUGUGCGUCUGUUACUCCGCCAACUGUGGGGGAGUAGGGACCCUCACCGGGUCGGCGCCGCAGCUCGUGUUGAAGGGCCAGAUGGACAGUAUAGAUGGCGGUCGGGGCACGCUGUCCUUUACCUCCUACAUGGUGUACGCCUUGCCACUGUCAGCGUUGUGCCUUGUGUGUGUGUGGCUGCUCCUCCAGAUCACCUGCUUCGGAUUCAGGAAAACAUUUUCAUGCCGAGGAUCAGAAAUUGCCGAAGAUGAAACAGAAAUAAGGAAUUUAAUAAAGAGGGAUUACAAAGCUCUUGGUCCAUUGAGUUUUGCAGAGUGGAUCGUGAUGCUCCACUUCAUAGUACUGGUGUUAUUGUGGCUGACCCGGCAGCCAGGGUUCUUCACUGGAUGGUCACAUCUGUUCCUGAACGGCUACUUGAGUGACGCUGUUCCCGCCAUCCUUGUAUCCUGCAGUCUAUUCAUCUGUCCACGACAAAGGCCAAACGUUCUGUUCUUCAGGAGGAAAGGGGACACAAGUGAACCUGUAUCCCAAGAGGCAAUCCUACAGUGGUCUGUGGUGAGUUCAAGGUUCCCCUGGGGCGUUCUUCUGUUGCUUGGCGGAGGAUUCGCUCUGGCUGAUGCAUGUCAGAAAUCUGGCAUGUCUCGAGCAGUGGCUGAGCAGCUGGUCUUUGUUAAAUCUAUGUCUCCGACAGCAGCAGGAAUCAUGGUGACGCUUAUCUCGGCUGUGAGCACAGAGUUUAUAGCCAACACAGUUGUCGCAACCCUACUGCUACCAAUAAUCAUUGAAGUGGCGCGCAGUAUGGUCGUCCACCCAUUGUACAUCAUGCUUCCUGCUACCAUUGUGACGUCAUGUGCAUUUAUGUUGCCAGUGGCAACCCCUCCUAAUGCUAUAGCAUUUGCUGGCGGCGACAUCCGAGUCAUCGAUAUGGUGAAGAGCGGCUUCGUCAUCAAGAUCGUCACCAUGCUGUGUGUCUUACUGUCAGUCAACACGUGGGGCACAGCGUACUUCCAACUUCAUCACGUCCCGACAUGGUUUGCCCCUGCCACGGAAUCUUACAACUCAUCCUUCCACCUCCAGAUUGAGAACAACACUCUACCCAUGCACAUGCUUCUGUAAUAUAUGUACUUCCAUACGGACAUCCACUAACAAAAAUUACAUCUCCAAACUGUUAUGAUGUAAUACAUAUAGAAACGCAUCAACCACCAAAAUAUACUAUCUCCAAACUGUU